GUGGUUGAAGGAAAAUUCCAACUCAGUAAAUUCAAGGGCGCGCCAGACCGUUCCUCAAAUCUUCCAGAAUCUGACUCCGUUCCCGUCAUCAUAUCAUCACCAGUCUCAAGGACACAGAACAGAGCUGAGAUCGUAUCGCCGAUAAUAGCAGGCCCGUCUCCAUAGGGGCUUGUUCGAGCUAGCGAAUCCCAAAACAAAGAAAUCUACAAAAGAGAUUUCAUCUAAGAGAGACGAGGAGGAGGAGGGAGAAAGGGGCGAGGCGAUGGGGGACCAUCACAAUCUCGGCCUAAUAACAAGGCGGCGGCGGCUCUGCUGCCGUCGCAUGAUUCUGAUGCGAUCCGAGGCGAGCAGCUGGUGCAGAUCAUCAUCCCCAUGGAGUCCGCCCACCUCACCGUCUCCUACCUCGGCGAACUCGGCCUCCUUCAGUUCAAAGAUCUUAAUACAGAAAAGAGUCCCUUCCAACGGACAUAUGCUGCACAGAUUAGAAGAUGUGGUGAGAUGGCACGGAAACUUCGGCUUUUUAAAGAACAAAUGACAAAAGCAACUAUAUUGCCUUCAGCAAUGCCCAUGACUAUAAACCAUAUAGAUUUUGACGACCUCGAGUCAAGGCUCGGAGAACUGGAAUCUGAGCUGAUGGAAAUUAAUGCAAAUAAUGAAAAGCUGCAACGGACUUAUAAUGAGCUGUUGGAAUAUAUGCUUGUUCUUCAAAAGGCUGGCGAAUUUUUUCACUUAGCUCAAAGUGAUGCUACUGCCCAACAGAGAGAAAUUGAGGCUCGGCCGGUAGGGGGUGGUCUUGAAAGUCCUUUGUUAUUGGAGCAAGAAAUGCUAAGUGAUCCAUCAAAGCAAGUAAAGCUUGGGUUUGUUAGUGGCCUUGUACCAAAAGAAAAGUCCAUGGUUUUUGAAAGAAUUCUGUUCCGUGCUACCCGGGGGAACAUAUUCCUUAAACAAGCUAUAGUUGAUGAACCUGUCACAGACCCGGUUUCAGGAGAAAAGGUUGCCAAAAAUGUCUUUGUGAUAUUUUACUCUGGAGAAAGAGCAAAAUCCAAGAUUCUCAAGAUAUGCGAAGCUUUUGGAGCAAAUCGCUACCCUUUUACGGAGGAUGUAGGCAAGCAAAUGCAGAUGAUUAAUGAGGUAUCUGGAAAAAUUUCAGAGCUAAAGAUGACUAUCGAUGUUGGAUUGACUUACCGUGAUAAUCUACUGAAAAAUAUUAGCUUCCAGUUUGAGCAGUGGAAUAAUCUGGUGAGGAAAGAGAAGUCUGUGUACCACACUUUGAACAUGCUCAGCCUUGAUGUGACAAAAAAAUGUUUAGUUGCUGAGAGCUGGAGCCCUGUGUUUGCUACUAACCAGAUUCAGGAUGCACUGCAGCGGGCUACUUUUGAUAGCAAAUCCCAAGUUGGGUCCAUUUUCCGAGUUUUGCAUACAACAGAAUUGCCUCCCACAUAUUUCAGGACAAACAAAUUUACUUCAGCUUUCCAGGAGAUUGUGGAUGCAUACGGGAUCGCCAAAUAUCAAGAAGCAAAUCCUGGUGUAUACACUAUUGUUACAUUUCCAUUUUUGUUUGCUGUCAUGUUUGGUGACUGGGGUCACGGUUUAUGCUUGUUGGCUGCUACAUUAUAUUUCAUUCUUCAAGAAAAGAAACUAUCUUCUCAGAAACUUGGGGAUAUCAUGGAGAUGACAUUUGGUGGUCGCUAUGUAAUUAUGAUGAUGGCUGUGUUUUCAAUUUAUACAGGGUUUAUCUACAAUGAGUUCUUUUCUGUUCCCUUUGAUAUUUUUGGGUCAUCUGCCUAUGCAUGCCGUGAUGCUUCCUGCAGAGAUGCUACUACAGCGGGAUUAAUCAAGGUGAGACCUGCGUAUCCAUUUGGUGUCGAUCCCAUAUGGUAUGGUAGCCGAAGUGAAUUACCAUUCUUGAACUCUUUGAAGAUGAAGAUGUCAAUCCUUCUUGGUGUUGCACAAAUGAACUUGGGCAUCAUGUUAAGUUAUUUUAAUGCCAAGUUCUUCAGGAACAAUCUGAAUGUUUGGUACCAAUUUGUCCCUCAGUUGAUCUUUUUGAACAGUCUGUUUGGUUACCUUUCACUACUCAUUAUUGUUAAAUGGUGCACUGGUUCAAAAGCGGAUCUUUAUCAUGUAAUGAUAUAUAUGUUCCUUAGCCCAACUGAUGAUCUUGGUGAAAACCAGCUAUUUCCUACUCAGAAACUGCUCCAGCUUGUAUUACUCUUGCUAGCAUUUAUUUCUGUUCCCUGGAUGCUAUUACCGAAGCCUUUUCUCCUAAAGAAGCAACAUCAAGAAAGACACCACGGCCAGUCCUAUGCCCCGCUUCAAAGUACUGAUGUUGACGUGCUUGAGGAGCAAAAUCAUGGUUCCCAUGAUGAUGAAGAGUUUGAAUUUAGUGAAGUUUUCGUCCACCAGCUGAUACACACAAUUGAGUUUGUACUUGGAGCAGUUUCAAACACAGCAUCCUACCUCCGGCUUUGGGCCCUAAGUCUUGCUCACUCAGAGUUAUCUACCGUGUUUUAUGAGAAGGUUCUUCUUCUUGCUUGGGGCUAUAACAACAUAUUUAUUCUCAUCAUUGGUGUGAUCGUGUUCGUUUUUGCCACCAUUGGUGUUCUUCUUGUUAUGGAGACACUCAGUGCCUUCUUACAUGCCUUGAGGCUUCACUGGGUGGAGUUCCAGAACAAGUUUUAUGAGGGAGAUGGGUACAAGUUCGCACCAUUCUCAUUUGCGUUGCUGACCGAUGAGGAUGAUUAAAUAGCACAAUGGUUGAUCUCUGCUCAAAUUUCCGAUUCAUUUGUAUCUAGAGUGACAGUGGUUAUUGGUACAUGGUGAAUAAGGCGAGGAAAAUGAAAAUAAAACCACAAGAAAGUACUGAUAAAUCCUUUCCAUUAUCACAGAGUUCCAGGCCGGUAUUGGGCCCAUGAGUGUAUAAUAUACAAGUGGACAAAGGUUAGUUAAUUAAGGGUCAUUUUAGCACGUUCCUGGUGUUAUGUUACUAGCGCUCUGUUGAUAUUAUUGUGAAUAAUCGUUUGUUUUGUGCAUGUAUCGGCUUCUCAGAUAUGGUUGAGAUUGUAAUUAGAUUGUUUCCUUAAAGUCAGUCAAACCGAAAUGUUACCUUUCUCCAGCUUAAUUUAUUUUUUCCCUGGAUUCUUCGUU